AUCCCCCUGCAGCCUGCUGUAUCAGACCGCCAGUGACAGAGCCCACCACCUCACUUUCGCUCUAGGUGGAUAACAUUAAUGAUCCCACAUCCAAUAUGUUAGACAACGAAGAGUUCAGGUUGGAGACUUACCCGCGGGAGCUCACGCAGAAUCCGCUAAGGAAGAUCUGGAUGCCCUGCAGAAACGGGCACAUUGCUCAGAGACGGGUUUGUAUGACAAACUGCCCGACCGUCAUCGUGACUGUCGGACUCCCAGCCAGAGGGAAGACUUAUAUCUCAAAGAAGCUGACACGCUACCUAAACUGGAUAGGUGUGCCAACCAAAGAGUUCAAUGUCGGCCAGUAUCGCAGGGAGUGUCUGAAGAUCUACAAGUCCUUUGAAUUCUUCCGUCCAGAUAAUGAAGAAGGCUUAAAAAUCAGGCGUCAGUGCGCCAUGGCAGCUCUUAAUGAUGUCCGACAGUACCUGAGUGUAGAAGGAGGCCAGGUGGCGGUGUUUGAUGCAACUAACACAACAAGAGAAAGAAGAGGUGACAUCGUAAAGUUUGCUGAGCAGAACGGGUACAAGGUGUUUUUUGUAGAGUCAUUGUGUGAGGACCCAGAUGUCAUUGCGCAAAAUAUAGUGCAAGUGAAGCUUGGCAGCCCAGACUACAUCCACUGUGACACAGAAAAGGCCAUUGAAGACUUCAUGAAGAGGAUCAAGUGUUAUGAGUCCUCCUACCAGCCUCUGGAUGAGGUUCUUGACAGGGAUCUGUCCUACAUAAAGAUCAUGGAUGUGGGCAGACGUUACCUAGUAAACCAUGUCAUGGACCACAUCCAGAGCCGGAUCGUCUACUACUUGAUGAACAUCCAUAUCACACCUCGCUCAAUCUACUUAUGUCGCCAUGGGGAGAGUGACCUCAACAUCAAGGGGCGGAUCGGAGGAGACUCUGGAUUGUCAGCUCGAGGAAAAGAGUUUGCCAAAAGUCUGAGGAAAUUCAUCCAGGAACAGAACAUCAAGGAUCUGAAAGUGUGGACGAGCCAGAUGAAGAGAACGAUCCAGACAGCAGAGAACCUUGGAGUCCCGUAUGAACAGUGGAAGUCUCUCAAUGAAAUCGAUGCUGGUGUGUGUGAGGAAAUGAUGUACGAGGAAAUCCAGCAGCAUUACCCCCUGGAGUUUGCACUGAGAGACCAGGACAAGUACCGCUAUCGCUACCCUAAAGGAGAGUCUUAUGAAGACCUUGUGCAGCGUUUGGAGCCUGUGAUCAUGGAGCUGGAGAGGCAGGAGAACGUUCUGGUUGUUUGUCACCAAGCAGUCAUGCGCUGCCUGCUUGCAUAUUUCUUGGACAAAACUGCAGAUGAGUUGCCUUAUCUUACGUGUCCUUUGCACACUGUGUUGAAGUUGAUCCCGAUGGCUUAUGGGUGUAAAGUGGAGUCUGUGUAUUUAGGAGUGGACUCUGUGAACACACAAAGAGACAAACCAGAGAGUGUUAAGUACUAGCAGUAGGUACUGAUCCAUCCCUCUCUUCUUACUGCACAGAGAAAGUAGAUCUUUCACAGAUGGCAAAGGGAGCCGUAUUCAGUCUGCUUCCACCUGUGAUCCCUGACAGCAACCAGGAAAACUGUGACGUCACUUAGCAUUGACACUCCUACCUCCAUCCUGACUUUUUUUCUCUUUGAUCCUUUUUGUCCCUCAGUGGGAGCAGAAAUAUUGUUCAUUUUUUUACUCUUAGGUAUUUUCCUGCAGUGCCUGCAGUGACUGAAAGAUGCAGAAAACGCACAUGAAAAAAAAAAUCAUAUUUUGAGUGUUUACAAAAAUGAUGCAAAGUGAAUAGAAUAGAAACAAAUAGAGAAGUGUUGAGAAUAACAAGACAUCCAGUUUCAUUUGGUCUUUUUUUUAACAUUGCAUAUUGUAGAAUCAAAUUGUUAAAUUGUUAAAAGGCUAAUAAUAGAGUAACAGGGACCAUCUCAAAUAAUUUAGUAAUCAUUCAGUCAGAAUGUUAAACAGAAAAAAUCAUUUCUUGAGGAUCGAUUAUCAAGUAAUGUGUCCCUGCUGUGUACUGGCAAUUUAAUCACUUUUAAUGUUCCUUAAAGUUUCUGUUGUGUAACAAUGUUUCUUUCUGGAAGUGGUGUUGUUUUUGUCACUUUCCAGUGUUUGUUUGUUCUCAAAGGAGUGAAGACGUUUUCUGUGUUUGCUUGUGUUGUCACUUUAUACAUUUGUUUUUGAAAGUUUCAGUGCGGACAGGACACUAUGCUCUCCUCCGUUUUGUAGGAACUUCAUAACUGGAAUUCCAUUUCAGGACAAAUCACUCUGCUGUGUUGAUGUUUAUGUGUGUGAGUGCCAGAAUACAUAAGACUUCACAUGAAGUCAAGCACAUAAAACAUUGACAUUUUUCUAACUGUCUAUAGAACCAUGAAGAAUUAAACAUUACUCCUUUUUUUUUUGCUAAUUAAUGACACUAAAACUGUGUUUUGUAUGAACAUGAACCCAUUAACAUGUAUGUUAUAUAAUUAAGGUUUUUAUAUCUAUGUUUACAAGUAUUUUUUGACAAAUACAUGACAACUCAUUAUACAUUUGCUGAAUGUAAAUUGAUAGUGUGAUUUUUAUUCCAGUUGUAUUUUUGUCUCUAUCCACACCUUUAUUUACUGUCUAAAUGUGAAGGAAUCAUCUGCAAUGAAAUCCCCAUAAAACAUGAGAACAUUUCACUGGAGCAUCACUCAAUCAUGGAUGUGCACUUUUUAUUAUAGAAACAUCUCCAAUACUGGUCACUUUUUGUUGGCCAACACAUGCUUAAAUUAUUUGAUCAAAUGUAACUAUUGUGUUCUGGUUUUUUUUGUGUUUUCCUAAUAACUUGUCAAUAUAAAAUCCAUAUUAAAAGAAUCCCUCUCCUG